UCUGUUCACGCGCCACUGUUAAAAUUUCUCGCUCUGAGUUAGCUGUGGUGAAACACGCCCAUCGCAUUUUUCUAGCUUUAGGCAGUUCACUUGUCCGUAGGUGGACCUUUUCUAUAAUUUACCUUCACAGCCUAUACAAGUUGGUAAAUAAAUUUGAAUAUCUUACUUGGGAGAGUGUCAGCUGGAGCGUACAGUAUUAAAUAGUAUAUUAUUAACAGUUAUACUAUUUAUUUUUAAAAUUUAACCUUAACAAAUACAAACAGAAAACAGCUAAGGAAGUGCCAAGUUCGGGUGCAACCGAACAUUUUAUACUCUUGCAACUCACAAGAAUCAAAGCCAGGGAAAUACUUUAUGGUGUAAAACGUCAACCUGGGGAUCGAAAUCCAAGCAAUUUUGAGUUUGGUAGGUAAGUGAAGCUUCAGCUCUAAUUUAUCUAUUUUAGGAAAACAGAUACACAGUUGUGAGUAUAAUACGCUUCCUAAUUUUCAUUGGUACGAGUAUAACUGAUAUAUUGGCGGAUAUAUGGGUACAAAAUAACCUGGAAGUUCGAAAAUCUUUAUAUUAGGUAUACGGGGUCUUAAGAAAGUAUUUUUGACCUACAGUCAUACCAUUGUCAAAGAAGCACUAUCCCUGCAUUUCAACUAUAUACUUCAGACAUUGACCGAUAUUUUCGAAUAAAAGACAACUAUAUGGCCCCUAUUAUGAGUUCCAUUCGAUCUUCGCUAUUCGCUGGCUAUCGAAAAUCGAAUGUCAAAUUCUAUCAUGAGCUAUGCAACCCUGUCGAAAUUUUCGUUGAGCAUCGAAAUGGCUGUCGAACAAAAUUUACCUAUCGACAGCGUAGCGUAUUGAAUGGAAAUUUGUGAAAAUGUCGAAAGUCGUGAGCACUAAACAGCAAUUGGAAAAACUGGUAGCUUUAAUGGAAGAAAAUCCACAAUUUGCAAGAGGGAUUUGCACCAAAGUUCAGGCGGCAACAAAGUGGGAGGGAUUUGCUUUGGGGCUAAACUGUUUGGGUCCACCAACUAGACCAGCGGCAAAGUGGAUGAAGGUAUGGGUUGAUAUGAAGUCAAAGACAAAGAAAAAACUGUCGCAAAACAAAGCGGAGUACAGAGCAACAGGCGGAGGUACUAACAGGUUGCUGGGAUUUUCUAAUACUGAAGAGAGUAUUAUUGGCUUACUGGAGUUUGAUGCCUGCAUAAACCCGCCGGGAGCCGAAUUUGGUCUGGAUAUAAGUGGCGAUGUUGAACCACAACUUUCAGCUCCACCAAAUCCCACCCCACAUCCUCAGGCUGAAAACUCUGAAAAAAGUGAAGUGGAGUUUUAUUCUGAGGCUCACGAGCUUCCAGCACGCAAAAAGCGGCCAAUUAAAAAAUGCAACAAGGCAGAGAGGCUGAGGUUACUGGACUCCCAGACAAAUGCCAAGAAACAGUACUACGAAGAAAUGGUCUCCACUUUAGGGGACAUACGAAAAUGUGCUGAAGAAAAAGUGGAAUACCAAAAGAAACAGUAUGAACUGGAUAAAAAUGCAACAGAGGUAAUGCUACAGCUGAAAAGGGAAAAACUGCGGGUUUACAAAGAAGAAGUCUUAAAAAGCCAGCAAGAUCGCGGAUCAAAACUGCAGUUAAAACUUGCAAUUCUAGAGCUUAAAAAAAUCUUUAAAUAAUUCUUAUCUUUUAUAUUUAGACCUAAGUUUAAGUGCC